AUGAAAAAUGUAAAGGAUAAAACGAUAAUCUCCCUUUUUAUGUACAGUAUUUCUACCACCGCUAUAGUUUAUCAGAAUUAUAUUUUUAUAUCUAAUUUAUUAAAGAAUUAUCGAGCAUUUGAAUGGUUGUGCUUAAAAAAUGAAGAUGAUAAUAUUAUUAAUGAUGAUUUCUUUGUAUGCAAUGAACAAGAAAAUUAUGUUCAAUAUUUAUUAAUUCUAGGAUUUAUUAUUCAAUUUUUAUCAGGAUCUAUAGGAAGUGUAUUAAUAAAAAUAUUUUCUAAAAAAUUGAUAGCACAAACAGCAUUUGUUUUUUUAUUCUUUGGUUGGAUUAUACUAGGAACUGCUUUAUCUUAUUCAAAAUAUUAUGUUGAUAAUAAUAUAAAAAAUAAAAUACCAUUGGUCAGUUUUUUCUUAAACUUGUCUUUUAUCUUUUUUGGAAUAGGAUCAGAUAAUUCUUACCUUCCAAUUAUUUAUUAUAUUAAUGACAGAUAUCCUGUGGAAGAUAUCAAUAAAAAUUUAUAUACAAUUGAAAAUAAUAAUAAUAAUAAUAAUAAUAAUAAAUUACAAAAACUUAAAUAUAUCCUAAAAAAUAAAAAUUAUAUACUAAUCAGUACUAUGUCAUCACUAGCUGUUCUAAGCUUAUUUGUAGGGAAUGUCAUAAAUAUUACUUUAAAAUAUCUACACUUCCAAAACAAUGUUAUAAUUGUCAUUUUAACCUACCUUGCCCUGUGCGUCAUUCCUGCCUUUUUCAUAGCAAACUUUCUUGAUUACAAUCCUAAUAUUAUGCAUAAAAAUGAUAAUCAACUUGUAUCAGAGGAUAACAUACAAACGGAUGAUGAUAAAAAUAAAAUUAAUUAUAUCAACAGUGUGAAUGAUAUAAAUAAUAUAAAUGAUGUUAUUAUUUCAAAUAAUUCAAAUAAUAUAAAUGAUGUUAUUAUUUCAAAUAAUUCAUAUAAUUCAUAUAAUUCUAUUAAUAUGCAACAUAGUAAACAAAACACUCAUAACAUUAAUCAUAACGAACAUGUUAAUGAAAAAACACUUCUUAAAAAUGACCUGAACAAUUCAGGUGAAAAAAAUGUACAGGCAGCUAGCCAAAAUGUUGUUGUAGUGAAUAUGGGAAAGGACGAAAUAUAUGAGCAAAAUGAGAAAAGAAGAGUAAAAUUAUUAAAUUUAAAAGAUGUAGAUUUUGGUUUAUUAAAGAAUCAGAUCAAAUCAUCAUUAUAUAUAUUUAUUGUAGUUGAAUUUUUUUUGAUAACAUUCAGUGUAUGUUAUUUUAUGUUUUCAUUAUUUGACAUAUAUGAAAAUAAUGUAUUUGGUGAUACCUUGAAUAUAUAUUCUUUAAUAUUACCAUCUAGUUUUAUAUUUACCUUAAUAUUUGGCAUAAUAGCGGAUGUAAUAAAUAUAUCAAAUUUUAUAAGUUUCAAUUUAAUAUUAGGAAUAUUUGUAUAUAUCCUUAUAUAUUUUUAUUAUACUACAACAAAUGUAACCAUAGGAUAUAUAUCUUUAGUUAUAUAUUUUUUUCAUCAGAGUUUUUUUGCGAAUCAUAUGUAUAUGUACAUGUCUACUAUAUUUAAGCAGGAUAAUUUCUCAAUUCUUAUUGGCAUAAUAAAUACAUUUGCCUCACUAGCAUUUUUUAUGUCAUAUAAAAUACAUGAGUUUAUAAAAAUGAAGAAUAAAAAUAGUGUAUAUCCAAAGGCAAUAGCUCAAGGGCUUUUUAUAUCUUAUGUUGUUAUUUUUUUUACGCACAUAUUUUAUAUUAAAAGAAAAAUGCGUUAUCACAUGAUUUCUGGUACUUUUUCAAAGUAG